GUAUUUGUCAUACGAGAGGAGCGACGUCGUCGUUUCGAUUAGGUUGGGGGACGUGUCCUUCCUUCCUUUUAUUUGAAUGACAUCACCAAUCAUUCGAAGAUACUCAAAACAAGUCUGAAAUUCUGAAAUCUCAGUCCUACUUGGAUGCUUCCAUUCCAUUUCACUUCCCAAAAUUCUCACUAUUUAGGUUAAGCCACAUUCUCCGAUUCUAAUUCCACAUUCCCAAUUUGAUGGGGAAAGGUGGAGGCUGCGUUCCCAGCAAGAAGAAGCCCCCGCCGGUCGCCGACGAUGCUCCCACGGAACCCGCCGGAGCCUCCAGGGCGGCCUCGAUCUCUGCCCCGGAGGACUCCCACGCGCCAGCGCAAGGAGCGACCACGUCGUCUUCGGCGCUCUCGCGCGGUGCCAAACUGAAGAUCUUCAUUGUGUUCUACUCGAUGUACGGACACGUGGAGGGGCUGGCGAAGAGGUUGAAGAGAGGCGUGGACGGCGUGGAGGGUGUGGAAGGGGUUUUGUAUAGGGUUCCGGAGACAUUGCCGAUUGAGGUGUUGAAUCAGAUGAGGGCGCCGCCCAAGGACGAGACAAUACCGGAGAUUACGGCGGCGGAGUUGGCGGCCGCCGAUGGGGUGCUCUUUGGGUUCCCCACGAGGUACGGGUCGAUGGCGGCGCAGAUGAAGGCUUUCUUUGACUCCACCGGCCACUUGUGGAAGGAGCAGAAGCUUGCGGGGAAGCCCGCAGGGUUCUUUGUGAGUACUGGGACUCAAGGAGGAGGACAAGAAACUACUGCUUGGACGGCAAUCACUCAGCUGGCACAUCAUGGAAUGCUUUUUGUUCCUGUUGGAUAUACAUUUGGACCCGGAAUGUUCAAGAUGGACUCCAUUAGAGGGGGUUCUCCAUAUGGUGCAGGAGUGUUUGCUGGUGAUGGCACAAGAGAGCCAAGUGAAACAGAGCUGGCUCUUGCAGAGCAUCAGGGCAAGUAUAUGGCUAUUGUAGUCAAGAGGCUCGCCCAGUCAUGAUCGUGUUUUCUUCUUCAUUCAUUCUAUUCUUGUGGGUCAUCUGUAUUUUUUGAUCUUAUUUGUUGUCAAAUUGGUUCUGGCAUUUUACCAUUGUUUGUGACGAGGAAUGAAAGCUCUGUUGCAUUAUCAAUUCUGUUGGGGUUGGGGAUUCCGAUGUUGUUCUGGGUUUUGCCCUGUUUCUGGAAGCUGUAGAUGUUGAUAAAUUUACGUCAAAUAAAAUUGUGAAUUUGUGUAUUUUUGUGUUCCCGUUUCUUUCUGUGUGUCUUUAUUCAUGAGUGUGUAUUAUUAUGACUUGAAUAAUAAAAUGGCUUUAAA